AUGAGUUCCAAUGGUGUGACAAUUAGCUGGCAAGAAAGAGCGGCCAACAAGAGACGAGAUUGUGCCAACAAGAUCCCAGAGGAAUGGAAAAUCCCAGCACAGCUUCUGGCAGAGCUGGAAGCGCCAGUUUUGGAUAAGAAGAACGAUCUAAUUCGAGACCAAACGAUUCGCAAAUCUGGAAUCUUGACCGAUCGGGAACUUUCGAUCACUGAAGACUAUCAGGUCGUUGACCUGAUUUCAGCAUUGGCUGAUGGAAGCUUGACAGCCGUAGAGGUGACAUUGGCGUACUCCAAACGUGCUGCGCUGGCUCAACAGUUGGUGGCGUGUCUAACGGAAACAAUGUUCGACGAAGCACACGAGCGCGCCUUGUUUCUUGACGACUUGCGCGCUCAGGGCAAGCUCGCCGGCCCGCUCCAUGGUCUUCCUAUCAGUAUCAAGGACAACUUCAAUUACAAGGGAGUGGAUUCCACGAUUGGAAUGAUUUGCUUCUUGGAUGAUAAAGCACCGGAGAAUUCACCGCUUGUGAACAUUCUCCUGGAUUUGGGCGCUGUUAUCUAUGUGAAGACAAAUGUACCACAGACAAUGAUGACAACCGAUUCCCACAACAAUGUCUUUGACCGAACUCUAAACCCGUGGAAUACUACACUAGGACCAGGUGGCUCCAGUGGCGGCGAGGGUGCUCUGAUCGCUCUUCGGGGAUCACCGCUUGGCGUUGGAACUGAUAUUGGAGGCUCCAUCCGAAUUCCAGCACACUGCUGUGGGCUGUAUGGGUUCAGACCGAGCGCUCAACGGAUUCCAAACGGUGGCAUGCGUGGUUGCAACACCAGUGGAAUGAAAUUCGUCCUUUCUUGCGCUGGUCCGCUAUCUACUGACUUGAAUGGAAUUGAAAAAUUCUUCAAAUCUGUUUUCGAGACUCGACCAGCUCGUCUUGACUCCACCGUCCUCGAUAUCCCAUGGAGGGAAGUUCCUGUUAAAUCGAAACUGAGAAUCGGUGUCGUCCCUGAAUCAUCGAUCUUCCCUCUCCACCCGCCUAUCCGCAGAGUACUUGAAGAGGCCGUCCGUCUGCUAGAAGCCCAGGGUCACGAGAUUAUUCAUCUUACCGAGGCAGAAUGCCGCAUUGUGGAGUCCAAUGAGAUCGGAUGGGCACUGUUUGGCCUAGACCAGGGCUCCAAGAAGUUUCUCGAGUCAACCGGAGAACCCCCAGUCUCCGCGAUGCACUACCUUAUGAAGCAGGCUGGAAAGCUAAUUGGAUUCUAUAAGCAAACAGUGCCGGACACGACUGAAUUGGACCCAUUGCACAAGCUGGCAUUGCUGAACACCCACCGUGCUGAGCUACGUGAAGCGUACCGAAAGAUCUGGCUGCAUCAUGAUCUGGACAUCUGCAUUGCGCCCCCUGCUCAAACAACUGCAGUUCCCCACGACACUUUCGGCUUGGCGCCAUAUACCACCGUGACAAAUGUUUUGGACUACCCAUCUUGUAUUAUACCGUUUGGAGAAGUUGGACCGGAGGAUGCCAAUGAGAGCUUUACACUUACUGACACCCAGCUCGGAGCUGAAUAUGACUUUGAGAACCUCCAAGGAGCACCAUGCUCUAUUCAACUGUUCACCCCGAACAUGCGUGAUGAGGAGUGUCUGCAAAUAGCCAAGCAGAUUGACGAAUGUCUGAAGAGCAAGAAGUAA